CCACGUGACUCGGCGGGGAUCCAGCAUCAACAGCAACGGUGACUCAGUCCAAUUCCUCUCCUGUCACUAUCUCCCUUUUUCGAAUAAUUAAUCCCCGGAUUGUCCUCCAUUGUCAUCAUGCCUGUCGCCGGUUCUAAGGUUCUUCUGUUGGGCUCGGGCUUCGUCACCAAGCCCACCGUUGAGGUGCUCAGCAAGGCUGACGUUCACGUCACUGUCGCCUGCAGAACCCUCGAAAGUGCCCAGAAGCUCAGCGGUGAUUUCAAGAACUCCAAGGCCAUCUCCCUCGAUGUCACCGAUGAUACUGCUCUCGACAAGGCCUUGUCGGAGCAUGACCUGGUCAUCAGCUUGAUCCCCUACACCUUCCACGCUACUGUCAUCAAGUCCGCCAUCCGCACCAAGAAGCACGUCGUCACCACCUCCUAUGUCUCCCCCGCCAUGAUGGAGCUGGACGAGGAGUGCAAGAAGGCCGGAAUUACCGUCAUGAACGAGAUCGGUCUGGACCCUGGUAUCGACCACCUCUACGCCGUCAAGACCAUCUCCGAGGUCCACGCCGAAGGCGGCAAGAUCACCUCCUUCCUCAGCUACUGCGGUGGACUGCCCGCCCCCGAAUGCUCCAACAACCCUCUCGGCUACAAGUUCAGCUGGUCCAGCCGUGGUGUUCUCCUCGCCCUUCGCAACGCCGCCAAGUUCUACAAGGACGGCCAGGAAUUCAGCGUUGCCGGUCCCGACCUGAUGGCCACUGCCAAGCCCUACUUCAUCUACCCCGGCUUUGCCUUCGUCGCCUACCCCAACCGCGACUCCUGCCCCUACCGUGAGCGCUACGACAUCCCCGAAGCCCAGACCGUGGUCCGCGGUACCCUCCGUUACCAGGGCUUCCCCGAGAUGAUCAAGGUUCUUGUCGACAUCGGAUUCCUGAGCGACGAGGGCCGCGAGUUCCUCAACGGCCCCAUCGCCUGGAAGGACGCUACCAAGCAGAUCCUCGGCGCCACUUCCUCCGACGAGAAGGACCUCGAGUGGGCCAUUGCCUCCAAGACCGCCUUCGCCAACAACGACGAGCGCGAUCGCAUCAUCUCUGGUCUUCGCUGGAUCGGUCUCUUCUCCGACGAGCAGGUCACUCCCCGUGGCAACCCCCUCGAUACUCUCUGCGCUACCCUCGAGAAGAAGAUGCAGUACGCUCCUGACGAGCGCGAUCUCGUCAUGCUCCAGCACAAGUUUGAGAUCGAGCACAAGAACGGCCAGAAGGAGACCCGCACUAGCACCCUCUGCGAGUACGGUGUUCCUGGUGGAUACUCCGCCAUGGCUAAGACCGUUGGUGUUCCUUGUGGUGUUGCUGUUAAGCUGGUGCUUGAUGGUACUAUCAGCCAGAAGGGUGUUCUUGCUCCCAUGACCAUGGACAUCUGUGCUCCUCUGAUCAAGACCCUCAAGGAGGACUACGGCAUUGAGAUGAUCGAGAAGACUCUGUAAAGAGUUGGCUCUCUCUUACGAUAUACUAACGACUUGACAAUGGGUGGGUGUUAGAAAAAAAGUUAAUAGGGUAGACUUGAAAAAUAGUACUUGAAUUUUGGAUCUAUUCUGGUUGUUUGUAGAGAUCAGGAGUCAUGUUUACUU